AUGUACGGCGCCGGAACUGGCCCCCAGACGGGCGUUUCUACUCCCCGAUCUAACGCUUCUCUUCGCCCCCUCACUCUCCGACAUGGUUCUCUCGAGACCUCCUUCCUUGUGCCGACCGCACUCCACUUUCACGCUUCGCAACUGAAAGACCGCUUCAAUGCUACCCUCCCUCCCGCCACAGAUGAGCUUGCUCAGGAUGACGAGCCCUCGUCCGUCACCGAGCUGGUUGCGAGAUACAUGGGUUUCGUCGCCGACGAGGUCGAGAAGGGUGAGGACGACGAGUCGGGCUCUUACGAAGAGGUCCUGAAGCUCGUCCUUAACGAGUUCGAGCGCGGCUUCCUCCAGGGCAACGAGGUCCACGCCCUCACUGCCACGCUCCCCGGCAUCGACGCCAAGAAGUUGGUUGUCAUCCGCAGCUACUACCAGGCCAGACAAACGACUGGUCGCUCAAUCAAGGCCUACGGCUCAGCGCUCUUCCGCGCUGCUGAUGAUGGCUCCGCCAACAUCUACACCAUUUUUGGUGGCCAGGGCAACAUCGAAGAGUACUUUGACGAACUGCGUGAGAUCUACAAGACCUACCAACCUUUCGUCGGUGAGCUCAUUCACAACGCCGCCGAGCUCCUCCAGAACCUCUCCAAGCACCCCAAUGCUGAGAAGCUGUACCCCAAGGGUCUGGACAUCUUGAGGUGGCUUGAAGAUGAGGACGCGACCCCCGAUGUUGACUACCUCAUUUCGGCGCCUGUUAGUUUCCCCUUGAUUGGUCUCGUUCAGCUUGCCCAUUACGAGGUUACCUGCAAGGUCCUUGGUGUCCAUCCCGGUUUGCUGCGCCAGCAAAUCAGCGGUACCACGGGUCACUCCCAAGGUGUCGUGCUCGCUGCUGCUACCGCCGCCGCUGAUUCCUGGGAGUCCUGGAAGGAGAUCGCUCCUUCUGCGCUCACUAUCCUCUUCUGGAUUGGUGCUCGUAGCCAGCAGGUUUUCCCUCGCACCUCUCUGACGCCUACAAUGAUCCGGGAGUCUGUUGAGAAUGGCGAGGGCACUCCUACUCCCAUGCUUAGCAUUAGAGACCUCUCUCAGGCUGAGGUCCAGAAGCACAUUGACGCUACCAAUCAGUACCUUCCUGCCGACCGUCACAUUUCCAUUUCCCUGAUCAACAGCCCGCGCAACCUUGUUGUGACUGGUCCUCCUAUCUCUUUGUACGGUCUCAACGCUCAGCUGCGCAAGGUCAAGGCUCCCGUUGGUUUGGACCAAAACCGCAUUCCUCACACUGAGCGCAAACUGCGCUUUGUUCACCGCUUCCUGCCCAUCACUGCUCCCUUCCACAGCAAGUACCUUGCUGAGGCUACCGAGCUGAUCGACGAGGACUUGAAGAACAUCAAGAUUGACUCCAAGUCGCUUGGUACCGCUGUCUUUGACACCAAUACUGGCAAGGAUAUCCGCGAGGAAGUUGAUGGUAACAUUAUUCCCACACUUAUCCGCCUCAUCACUAGAGACCCCGUCAACUGGGAAAAGGCUACCGUCUUUCCUCAAGCGACCCACGUCCUUGACUUCGGUCCUGGUGGCAUCUCCGGUCUUGGUGUUUUGACCAGCCGCAACAAGGAGGGUACUGGUGUGCACGUCAUCCUUGCUGGUACCGUUAGCGGAACCAUCACUGAAGUUGGUUACAAGCCUGAGCUCUUCGACCGUGAUGAGGAGCACGCAGUCAAGUAUGCGAUCGACUGGGUCAAGGAAUUCGGCCCUCGUCUGGUUACUACUUCCAACGGCGAUACCUAUGUCGACACCAAGAUGUCUAGACUUCUUGGUCUUCCCCCUAUUGUCGUUGCUGGUAUGACUCCUUGCACGGUUCCUUGGGACUUUGUUGCUGCCACUAUGAACGCUGGCUACCACAUCGAAUUGGCCGGUGGCGGUUACUUCGAGCCUGGUAUGAUGACCGAGGCCCUGCGAAAGAUCGAGGGCGCUAUUCCUGCUGGCCGUGGUAUCGGUGUCAACCUGAUUUACGUCAACCCCCGUGCCAUGCAGUGGCAGAUUCCCAUGCUUGGCAAGCUUCGAGCUGAGGGUGUCCCCAUCGAGGGCCUGACCAUCGGUGCUGGUGUUCCUUCCGUUGAGGUUGCUCAGGAGUACAUUGAUACUCUUGGUCUUAAGCACAUCAGCUUCAAGCCUGGUUCGGUUGACGCCAUCCAAUCCGUCAUCAACAUUGCCAAGGCCAACCCCACGUUCCCUGUCCUUCUGCAGUGGACUGGUGGUCGCGGCGGUGGUCACCACUCUUACGAGGAUUUCCACCAGCCCAUUCUGACCAUGUACAGCCGUAUCCGUCGCCAGGAGAACAUUAUCCUCGUGGCUGGCAGUGGUUUCGGUGGUGCCGAGGACACUUACCCCUACCUUACUGGUGAGUGGUCUAAGAACUACGGCUACCCUCCUAUGCCCUUCGACGGUACCUUGUUCGGUUCUCGCAUGAUGGUUGCCAAGGAGGCCCACACGAGCCCUGCUGCCAAGCAGGCCAUCAUUGACGCUCCCGGUGUUGAGGACAGCGAGUGGGAGAAGUCCUACAAGGGCCCUACUGGUGGUGUCAUCACCGUCCUCUCCGAGAUGGGCGAGCCCAUCCACAAACUCGCCACUCGUGGUGUUUUGUUCUGGGCCGAGAUGGACCGUAAGAUCUUCUCUCUUCCCAAGGAGAAGCGUGUGCCCGAGUUGAAGAAGAAUCGCGACUACAUCAUCAAGAAGCUCAACGAUGAUUUCCAGAAGCCGUGGUUCGGUCGUAACCGCGCUGGCCAGGCUGUUGAUCUAGAGGACAUGACCUACGGUGAGGUCGUCCGCCGUAUGGUGGACCUUCUCUACGUCCGUCACCAGAAGCGCUGGAUUGACCCCACCCUGCGCACUUUCACUGGCAAGUUCAUCAGCCGUGUGGAGGAGCGUUUCACCUCUACUCCCGGCCAAGCCGCUCAGCUUCAAGAUUACAAGGACCUCGAGUCUCCUUAUGAAACUGUUGAAAAGAUCCUCGCGCACUACCCUGAGGCCGAGACUCAGCUCAUCAAUGCCCAGGAUGUUCAGCACUUCCUCAUGCUGUGCAUGUUCCCCAUUCAGAAGCCUGUUCCCUUCAUCCCCUGCUUCGAUGACAACUUCGAUUUCUACUUCAAGAAGGACUCUCUUUGGCAGUCUGAGGAUCUUGACGCUGUUCCCGGCCAGGAUGUUGGACGUGUUUGCAUUCUGCAGGGCCCUACUGCCGUCAAGUACUCCAAGGUCAUUGAUGAGCCUAUUAAGGACAUUCUGGACGGCAUUCACAAGACUCAUGUUGAGUACCUGACCAGGGAUCUCUACAAGGGCGACAAGAACACCAUCCCCACCAUUGAAUACUUCGGUGGCAAGCUCAUUGAGACUGAGAUCCCUGUCGAGGACGUUGACGGUCUUACUGUCUCGUAUGAUGAUGCGCACAAGAACACCUACCGUCUGUCUACCGCGCCUAACGCUACCCUGCCCAGCCUUGACUCCUGGCUGGCUCUGCUUGCCGGCCCUGACCGCAGCUGGCGCCAUGCUCUGCUCACCUCCGAGGUUGUCGUCCAGGGACAGAAGUUCCAGACCAACCCCAUCAAGCGCAUCUUCGCCCCUGCCCGUGGCCUCUUCGUUGAGAUCCACAACCCCAAAGAUCCGAAGAACACCAAGAUUGUCGUCAAGGAGCAGCCUCGCCACAACCACUACGUUGAGGUUAUUGAGGUUACACUCCAGGGCAAGAACGAGAUCGUUGUCAACAUGAUCAAGGACACCACUGCCCUUGGCAAGCCUGUUGCCCUCCCUCUCAAGUUCACCUACCACCCUGAGGCUGGUUAUGCUCCUCUUCGCGAGGUGAUGGCGGACCGUAACGACCGCAUCAAGGAGUUCUAUUGGCGUGCGUGGUUUGGUGACGAGGCUCUUGACCUUGAUGCCGAUGUUGCCAGCAAGUUCGAUGGUGGCAAGGCCACCAUCACUGGAGAGGACAUCAACGACUUCGUUCACGCCGUUGGCAACACCGGCGAGGCUUUCGUUGAGCGCCCUGGCAAGACUGUCUACGCUCCUAUGGACUUUGCCAUCGUCGUUGGCUGGAAGGCUAUUACCAAGCCCAUCUUCCCUCGCACUAUUGACGGAGAUCUGCUGAAGCUUGUCCACCUUUCCAACGCGUUCCGCAUGAAGCCUGGUGCCCAGCCUCUCAAGAAGGGUGACGAGGUAUCCACCACUGCCCAGAUCAAUGCUGUCAUUAACCAGGAGUCUGGCAAGAUGGUUGAGGUCUGCGGUACCAUCUACCGUGAUGGUGAGGCGGUCAUGGACGUCACUUCGCAGUUCCUGUACCGCGGCACCUACACCGACUACGAGAACACCUUCCAGCGCAAGAACGAGACCCCUAUCCAGCUGCAUCUUGCCACCAGCAAGGAUGUCGCCGUUCUCAAGUCGAAGCAAUGGUUCAACACUGAUGACAUGCCCCGCGAUAUUGAUCUCCUUGGUCAAACUCUGACUUUCCGUCUGCAGAGCUUCCUGCGCUACAAGACCAAGACUGUCUACAGCAGCGUCGCUACCCAGGGCCAGGUCCUCCUUGAGCUCCCCACCAAGGAGGUUAUUCAGAUCGCUAGCGUUGACUAUGAGGCCGGCCAGUCUAACGGCAACCCUGUCACUGACUACCUCGAGCGCAACGGUACUCCUCUCGACCAGCCCCUCCACUUUGAGAACCCCAUCCCUCUCAGUGGCCGCACACCCCUCCAACUCCGCGCUCCUGCCACCAACGAGAACUACGCUCGUGUUUCUGGAGACUACAACCCCAUCCACGUUUCCCGCGUGUUCGCCAACUACGCCAAUCUGCCCGGCACCAUUACCCACGGCAUGUACUCUAGUGCCGCUGUUCGCAGCUUGGUCGAGACCUGGGCUGCCGAGAACAACAUCGGUCGUGUCCGCAGCUUCCAUGCUUCUCUGGUUGGUAUGGUUCUGCCUAACGACGACCUUGACGUCAAGCUUCAGCACGUCGGCAUGGUUGGUGGUCGCAAGAUCAUCAAGGUUGAGGCCAGCAACAAGGAGACCGAAGAGAAGGUUCUCCUUGGUGAGGCCGAGGUUGAGCAGCCUGUGACUGCCUACGUCUUCACUGGCCAGGGUUCUCAGGAGCAGGGCAUGGGUAUGGAGCUUUACGCUAGCAGCCCUGUCGCCAAGGAGGUUUGGGACCGUGCCGACAAGUACCUGUUGGACAACUACGGUUUCUCCAUUACCAACAUCGUCAAGAACAACCCCAAGGAGCUCACCGUUCACUUCGGUGGUCCCCGCGGAAAGGCCAUUCGCCAGAACUACAUGGCCAUGACUUUUGAGACUGUUGCUUCCGAUGGUUCCAUCAAAUCUGAGCGCAUCUUCAAGGAGAUUGAUGAGAAGACCACCUCUUACACUUACCGCUCCCCCACUGGUCUCCUGUCCGCCACUCAGUUCACUCAGCCAGCCCUGACCCUUAUGGAGAAGGCCAGCUUCGAGGACAUGAGAUCUCGUGGCCUUGUUCCUCGGGACUGCACUUUCGCCGGUCACUCUCUGGGUGAAUACUCUGCCCUUGCUGCAUUGGCUGAGGUUAUGCCCAUUGAGAGCUUGGUGUCUGUCGUGUUCUACCGUGGUUUGACGAUGCAGGUUGCUGUCGAGCGUGACGCGGCCGGCCGAUCCAACUACUCCAUGUGCGCCAUCAACCCCAGCAGAAUCUCCAAGACCUUCAACGAGGAGGCUCUCCAGUUCAUUGUCAACAGCAUUGCUGAGGAGACUGGCUGGCUUCUCGAGAUUGUCAACUACAACAUUGCCAACAUGCAAUACGUCGCUGCGGGUGACCUGCGUGCACUUGACACCCUCACUGGCGUCACCAACUUCCUCAAGCAGCAGAAGAUUGACAUUGAGGAGAUGCGUGCCAACCUGGAGGAGGCUAAGGGCGCCCUCAAGGAUAUCAUCAAGGGCUGUGCUGAGGCGACCCUCAAGAAGCCCACACCUCUGGAGCUUCAGCGUGGCUUCGCCACCAUUCCUCUUCGCGGCAUCGAUGUGCCCUUCCACUCUACUUUCUUGAGGUCUGGUGUCAAGCCCUUCCGGUCUUUCCUUCUCAAGAAGAUCAACAAGACGACGAUCGACCCUGCCAAGCUUGUUGGCAAGUAUAUUCCUAACGUGACGGCCAAGCCCUUCGCGCUCACCAAGGAGUACUUUGAGGAUGUGUACAAGCUCACCAACUCUCCCAAGAUUGCAUCUGUCUUGGCCAACUGGGAGCAGUACACGCAGGAUGGCCCUGCUCCUAACGGAGUCAACGGUACUAGCGGAGACCACGAGGGUCCCGGUGCGGCGGCUUAG